AUGCUCCCCUUUCUAUCUGCAGCAAUCCAUCACCCCCACUACGGCAAUUUCCAACACUGGUCGUUAUACCUGCACACCGACAGUGAAGAUCUCAUCUUUGAAGUCGACGGCGAACAUCCCAACUUCCAGAAAGUCAUUUCGAACGGAAAGCCAUCCGAUACAGACACUUUUAUUGAAUACGUCUUUCUUUGUGAGAUUGGAGAACCGGAUAUUCCUACCAUCAAGAUGGUGGUCGACAAUGCACGGGUGGACAAUGAGACGCUCGAAUGGGACUGUCAGGAUUUUGUCCUCGAGAUUCUGGAAGGAUGUGAGAUGGAGGGCAUUAUGGAUGAUGAGGAAGUGGAUUACUACGAGGCAAAGGAUGUUUUGAAAUCAAGACGAGGGCCAAUGAUUUGA